AUGCCGUGCGAACUAACUAACGCGCCUGACGUGAAACUUCCCUACGUGCCGCCAUUGGCUGCCUCCGAUACACUCCGUAGCGGCCAUGGCCCACACAAAAAGACGCUAGCCGUCUCUUUCCUCAUCACGUUCCUUCUUACUUGUGUAGCUGAAGAGAGGCAAACCGGCGACACGACCGGUACCAUCGACAACUGGCUAAAGAGUCGCUUGUACGACAGAUUCCUCAGACCCAACUUCGGCCGCGAACCGGUCCACGUGAACCUGAGUCUGACUGUGGCCAGCAUCGACCUCAUCUCAGAAGUGAACAUGCCGUCUGAGCCUGUCCCACGCCGGGGGAACAGUCAGAAACUCCGUCUCUCCGCUGGAGACUUGUUAGUCAUUCCCAACAGCCGGCUGUAA